GUUCGAUGUCCUAUGGGCAUUUGCAACGCUCCAGCUACGUUUCAAAAGGCGAUAAACAUGACCUUUCAGAAUUUCGUUAACAAGACUCGGCUAACGCAGGGAAUGGUGAACUUCUACGUCAUCGUGUACAUGGAUGACAUCCUGGUGUAUUCGGAAUCGUUUCACGGACAUGCGCAGCACAUCGAAUUGACACUUGGAGCGCUACAAGACGGGGCCUUAAAGAUCGCCCUAGAGAAAAGCGAGUUGUUCCUGCCGGAAAUCUCGUUCCUGGGGUACGUGGUGACGCGAGGGGGCAUGCGGCCAGAUUUGAGAAAGGUCGCGGUAGUUCGAGACGCCGCGACGCCCACGUCGCUAACGCAAGUUCGAGCCUUCUUGGGGUUGGCAUCGUACUACCGACGAUUUAUCAAGGGUUUCGCGGCUAUUUGGGGGCAAAAUGGUGUUGUUGCUGAUGGGUAUGUGUGUUGUGGUUAUGGGGGAAUGAUUAGGGAUGCCGUAGUUGCUAGUGCUGGCAACCCUGUGCGUGUUGCAGCCUGGAUUUACAGUGUUGGUGGCGGGGGCAGUGGUGUUUCUGGCGGUGUGUUGUGCUGCAGCGAGGGUGAAGGCAUUGACUUGCAGGUGGGAGGGGGCAGUGGUUGGAAAGACUUCUUCUUUCCCGCCUCUGCAUUCAUCGAGGUCGCCAUUGCCCUCGUCGUUGACUCAGACUGUCCACCACUAACAUCCUUUCGUUUGUCGGAAGAGGGAGUCACCCCUGCAUUUGGGAAAGCAGUAGAAGAUGUGGCAAUUGUGGACGACUUGGCAGCAGACGCCCUCUUGGCAGCAGAUGCCGUGACAACAGCUAAUGAGGCAUUGGCAGCAGACGACGUGGCAGCAAAUGACGUAGCAGUGAAUAGCGUAGUAGCAAAUGGCUUGGUCGCAAAUGGACUGUCAGCAGAUGACGUAGCAGAAGAUGACGUGGCAGCAUAUGACAUAGCAGCAAAUGGCUUGGCAGCAAAUGGUACCGAUAAAUCAUCUAGCGAGCAGGCGGGUGACUUAUCAGCACUUGUGCGCAAAGAGAGAAGACCAAAGAUGUUGGUUGAUGUCGUGGAGAAGAACUUCACGCCCACAAAGUUGAAAAUGGCAGGAAUGGAGCCAAAGGAGAAAUUUGCGUACGAAGUGGAUGCAAGGACCGACGGAAUCUUUCAGGAGUUCAAAACAUCUCGAUGGCUUGAGUAUCUGGAAGAGUUCUAUAAUCGAGAAACAAGUCCAGCUUUUGGAUUUAAGUGGCGUAUCGAAGAGGAACUUGAAGACAAAGUUGGGGAAAGGAAAGGAGCGAGCAGCGAUGAGAGUGGCAAGGGAUCAGGAUCAGGCGGCGGUGCACUUGGCAAGGGAACAAGAUCAAGUGGUGGUGAACAUGGCAAGGGAUCGGAACCAUGGGGCGGUGCCAGUGGCAAGGGCCUGGGACCUGAUGUCGGUGCAAGUGGAAAGCCAAUAAGUCAUGGUGAACUACAAAAACACGAAAUGUGUCAAGGGCGUCAAGCAACAGAGGGAAAUGCAUCAGGACCAAGCGGCGGUGCACAUGACAAAGGAUCGGGUUCGCCUCUGGAUUAGGACCAAGCAGCGGUGCACAUUGCAGGGGAUCG